UUCUGGCUCUGGUCUGUGCAGGUUUGAGGGUCUGAGCCUUAGACGGGCUCACGAGGCGGUUCUGGAGCAGCGUCCGUUCAUCCGACCCAACGCCGGGUUCUGGAGGCAGCUGAUGGAGUACGAGAGGUCUCUGUUCGGCAGGAACACCAUGAGGAUGGUGAGCACGCCGGGGGGGGUCCUGCCCGAAGCCCUGAGGCUGCCCGAAGACCUGCCCGAAGCCCUGAGGCUGCCCGAGGACCCCGAGCCGGCCUACUGCCUCAACAUCUGAGGGUCCUCAACAUCUGAGACCCUCAACCUCAUGGGGUCCUCUGAAGCAGCCUUGAGGGUCCUCUGAUCUCCCAGGAACUGAUUCAGGACCAGUUGUAAUGACAGUGUUCGGCCACACGGCGGCGUGAAUAAAGGACUGUUGAUGCUUCUCUUUAA